GAUAAAACGCGGGAGUUCUUGGUCGUCUAAGAGUCAGAAAUCGUGUUCGCUAAGGAUCACGACCCCAAAAAUCCCAUUGACCUUCAAGCUCCAUAACCCCGAGCUCUUUCUUCUUCCCAUUUUUUCUCCGGAUUCUGUCCCCUGAAUCGGUUGCGUGUUGCAGUGUUUCUUCAGUCGGAGAAUGGAGAGUGAAGCUUAUAGCUAUGGUCUCUCCGAUGCUACUGUUGCUGCUUCGAGGAGCUCUCAGUUGAGAUCCCACUCGCAUUUUUACUUUGAUUAUGAGGAGGUGGAUGGCGAUGAUGUUUUGAAUGCGGAAUAUCCUUGCCCGUUUUGUCCGGACGAAUUUGAUCUAGUUGAGUUAUGUUAUCAUAUUGAUGAAGAACAUCCCGUAGAAGCGAAGUAUGGGAUAUGCCCUAUUUGUUCUCUAAGCGCGGGAGCAAGUAUGGUUGGACAUUUAACAAUGCAUCAUGGAGAUAUAUUUAAUAGUCAACAACGAUUGAAAUUCCAUAAAGACGAUUUCCCUCAAAGCCUUUCCUUUGAGAGAAAGGAGUUGCAUGACUAUCACGUAACAUCUAUUCUUUCGGGGUUUUCUUCUCUGAAUUCCACCUCCAAGAUGGCACCUGAUCCGUUGCUGUCAUUUUUAUGCAACGCACCUAUCAUCAAUGAGUCAAAAACUGCCCAGCCCAUGCCUUCGAGUAAAGAAAAUUUGGAGGAAAAAGAAUUAGAUGAUACAUUUUCAGAAAGGGAUGUCCAGUUAUCUUCUAUACCAGACACGAAACGAGAAGAGAAGACGCGGAGAUGCGACUUCGUACGGGGUUUAGUUUUCUCUGCAAUCUUAGGUGACAGUUUAUGAUAGACAGGGCAAAAGCAUAAGAGGGAUGCCAUAUCAAAAUCGUAGGAAAUAUUAUUUAUUGUUAUGAAUUAGUAUUUCAAUGUCCAUAUUACUUUGUGAGAACAUGGCGUAGGAAUUGAAGUUGUAUUAAUGUGGCUUAGUAAAUAUAAGGUUAGAAAGUGCAAUCAUUAUCAAACUCUUGUGCUGCGCCUCAGGUCCUCGUGGUUAUUCAAUCAAAGGAAAGAAAUAUUGUUAAGAA